GCAGCAUUCGACACUAUGUCCUCCUCGGCGUCCAGUUGUCGUCAGCAGCCCCGGCCGCGACGCAUCACGCGCGCCGCGUCGCGCGCGGCCGCGGCCGCGCUCCUCUCCGACUCUCCCGGCGAGGUGGUCGCGCAUAUCCUCAAGCAGUGCGAGCCGCGCGACUUAGGCGCCCUCGCUUGCACGGCGCAGUGGCUGCACCCGCUGCUGGAGCUGGCGCUUCGGCUGCGCGCUGGGGAGAACGGGCACGCGCUCCCCAAGAAACUCCCGCUGGGCGACGACUCGUGCCACCGCCGCGUCCAGGUGCUGCUCUCGCUCGAGCGGCGGCGGGCGCAGCUCGGGCGCCGCACGAUUGCGGCGGGAAUGUCGCACUCGCUGUUCAUAUCGCCCGAGGGCACGCUGCUGUCGUGCGGGACAGAGUGGGACGUGGACGGCAACCCGACGCCUGGCCUCCUCGGCCACGGAGAGCUCGCCGAGGAGGAGCUGCCAGCAAAUUCGAUCCACGUUCCGACUCCCCUCCCCGGGCUCGCCAGCGUGCGCAUCCACUCCGUCGCCGCGGGCGUCUCGCUCUCGCUCGCAGUCACGUCUGAGGGCGAGGUGUACUCGUGGGGCCAGGGAAACAUGGGCCAGCUCGGCCACGGCACCUGGGCCAGCUCGCAGUCCACGCCGCGCCAGAUCACCGCCUUGGCCUCGGAGCGAGUCGUCGCCGUCGAGGCUGGUUUCAUCCACGCCCUCGCCCUCGCAGAGAGCGGCGCAGUCUAUUCGUGGGGCGCGGGCG